AUGGCUGAUCUGUCACCAUGCCUAAAGUGCAUACGGCUACUCGGAGCCAAUCCGCGGGCUCAGCCGCGAAUAAGCCUAGGCUUUGAAGAACACGGGGAUCACUGUGGCAUUUGCCUGCAUCUACUUACAGCGGAGGAUGUAAAGUUCUCGGUAGCCGAAGAUCAUCCCGUCCUCAGCCAGCGGCUUGUAACUGCGUAUCACCGCCGAACGGACAGCCUGUGGGCUGCCCAGGAAGACCGCAGUUUGAACAAGGUCACCAAACUCAAGAGAGCAACUGCAAGGGUCGCAUGCAUCGCCCAGCGGCUGGGCCAGUGGCUCCUGGCCAAGGAGGAGGCCUAG